AUGACCCACGAAUUCGAAUAUCCAUAUGCUGUUGGCAAUGUGAUCAACAUUCACUUGAAGACAUCAGUUGGAUUGGAGGCAACAGCAGGUGCCAAUAUCAUCAGUCUUCGAGCCGUUCAUUCUUUCCUCUGUGGUCCUUAUCUGGGUGGCAUGCUCCUCUUUAAGAUUGGAAGUCGAUAUGAUUUUGAAACUCUUUGA